CUUGGCGUCCUGUAGAGGGAGCUGUGAAGCCCAGCGCGAAGCAUUGUGGGACGAAAGGUGGCCUUUCCCCUGCACAGACCACAGACUAGCCAAGAAGAGAGAGGCAGCCGUGUUGAGUAACAACACCUACGAGCGCUUGGGAGUUGCAGUCGACUCGUUGAGCGAUUACUGGGCAGGCACCACUGACACGACAACCGAGACCGCAGAAGAGGAAGACAUGGCCCAGAACAACAUAAUGAGUACCGCCGAGGACGUGGCGGAUCAGUUCCUGCGCGUGACGAAGCUGUACCUGCCCCACCUGGCUCGCCUGUGUCUGAUCAGCACCUUCCUGGAGGACGGCAUCCGCAUGUGGUUCCAGUGGAGCGAGCAGAGGGACUACAUCGAGGCCACCUGGAGCUGUGGCUACUUCCUGGCCACCUGCUUCGUGCUGCUCAACCUGCUGGGACAGAUAGGGGGCUGUGUGCUCAUCCUCAGCAGAAACUUUGUCCAGUACGCCUGCUUCGGCCUCUUCGGAAUCAUAGCUUUACAGACGAUCGCCUACAGCAUUCUGUGGGAUCUUAAAUUUUUGAUGAGGAACCUGGCCCUGGGCGGGGGCCUGCUCCUGCUGCUGGCCGAGUCGCGCUCUGAGGGGAAGAGCAUGUUCGCAGGGGUGCCCUCCAUGGGCGAGAGCUCCCCGAAGCAGUACAUGCAGCUGGGCGGCCGUGUCCUCCUGGUGCUCAUGUUCAUGACCCUGCUGCACUUUGACCCCAGCUUCUUCUCUAUUCUGCAGAACAUGGUUGGCACGGCCCUCAUCAUCCUGGUCGCCAUCGGAUUCAAGACCAAGCUGGCCGCCCUCACCCUGGUGGUGUGGCUCUUCGCCAUCAACGUCUACUUCAACGCCUUCUGGACAGUGCCCGCCUACAAGCCCAUGCACGACUUCCUGAAGUACGACUUCUUCCAGACCCUGUCCGUCAUCGGCGGGCUCCUGCUGGUGGUGGCGCUGGGGCCGGGGGGCGUCUCCAUGGACGAGAAGAAAAAAGAGUGGUGAGCCCCGCCCCGCCCCGCCCCGCCCGCUCCGCCCACGCCCAGGACUCGAGGACCCUGCCAGUGCCAGCACCAUCCACCACUCUUUAUCUCUCCCUCUUUCCCUCCUUUCUUUUGCUCUCUUUUCUUCACUCGCACUUUUUCCUUUGUCAUUUUUAUUAGCAAAACGCAUGGUCAUUGCUGUGUGUAUAUAUAUAUGUGUAUAUGUAUGAAUAUAUAUGUGUGUGUAUAUACACAGUAAAAUGACCCCCUUUCUCUGACAUCCCAUAAAAUGAGACUGGAGUAGAGCUUUUGUGUUCAGAAGAACCUCAACUCUAGACAUUAUGAAAGCUGAGUAAAUGGAGACCUGUUUUUUUAUGUUUUUAGGAAUUAUUGUUAUUAUUAUUAUUUUGUUUUUCAUGGUGUACGUCUCCAUGUGCCAAUGCUGACACUCCCCUGAAUAAGACGCUGUGCACUUAGAAAGCAUUUAGAAAGCUCCCCGUGCCCCAGACAGACCGUCGUCGGCAUCUAUCGCUGUUCACGUAGGGAGUGUCGGUGUGUGAACGCAUUUGUAUUUAUGGUUGUCUCAGUUGGAAGUGUGUGACCCUUUUAUAAGAGGAAGUAAGAAAUAAAAAAAUAAAGAUUCUCUGCUGUGUUUUGGAAGAGGGGAAAUGGAAAAGAUUUAAGGGGUUAAGCCGUCAGUAGGGGGCGCCGCUGGGCCACGUUCAGCCGACGGACCUGCAUCUCAACCUCCUACACGCGUGUCUCUUGUGCUGCUGUCUAUGUCCAUGUCCUCAGGAUCUGAGCACUAUUCCCACACACACACACACACACACACACCUGUCAAUCAAAAGACCCUGUCCCCCAUUGCCCACCACUUGUAACAUGCACAGGUGGCACACACAGUCGAGACCUCCUAAUGAUCAUUGAGGCGAGGGUGUGUGUUUGAAAGUGGAGCUAUGUGCAUAGUCUACUUAUUUUUUAAAUGGGGGAUUAUUAAAAAGGUAUCCUUGAUGGCCUUUCAAAAAGCAAUUUAACAUUUUAUUUUUCAGAUAUUUAAUAGGAUUUUGGUAUGGGGGGGGUUUUUGCCAAAAACGGCCGUGGGCUCAGGUGUGUGCCGGCCUUCACCUGCCAUGCCAGGCGGGAUGACAGGAUGAAGGUGACAGCGGUUGAUUCGCUUUCUCCAGCAGCACACAGAACAAGGGAGAAAGUCAGCGGUGUCCUGUAACUUAUCACACAUUGUUUUUGUUUUUCCUCAAGGUUGAGUUAAGAGAAAAAAAAAGCUUAAAGUGUUUUGGUUUUUCUAUAAUGUAUUUUUUUGGUUAUAUUUUUUUGAGAUCAUAAAGGAAAGAAAAAACCUAAUUGAAUAAAUGUAUAUGGUUGAA